AUGGACACGGCCAGAUGCAUUGGUUCUGACGAUAUUCAAGGUCCAAGGGUCUCAUUCUUCAAUGAUUACUCCGCAGCGGUUGUACGAAGACGCAAGGCAUUUGAUGAGGUAAAGGCUCAACUCAAGAGAAUGAAGAUGGACUACGCACUGCUGUACCCGGCCACAUUGAAGAUUAUGGUCAACGGAACGCCUAAGAAGCUUUACACACCUGAAGAGGCUGCUAUUAAACCUCAUAGGAAGACAGUUUUAUCAUGUGGAGGUUUCAUUCCGGUCUCUCUGUUUAACCAAAUACUCUCUUUGACAGGAGAGAGACCAGACUCUCAUUCUGAAAGCGGGAAGAGUCCUUCAGAAGAACCAGACGCAGAGACAUCCAAACCAGCAAGAGCACACCACUGCUCCCAGUGUGGAAAGAGAUUUAUACGGUUAGGGCACCUGAAAGAACAUAUGAAAACACAUACAGGGGAGAAGCCUUUUCACUGCUCCCAGUGUGGAAAGGGUUUUGGACAGUCGGGGCAUCUAAAAGUGCAUGAAAGAAGACACACUGGAGAGAAGCCGUAUCAAUGCUCCCAGUGUGAAAAGAAAUGUUUCUCACCAGGGGACCUGAAGUCACAUGAGAGAACACACACACAGUCUUUAGAGAGGCCUUUCCAAUGCUCUCAGUGUGGAAAGAAAUUUAUCCAGUCAUCGCAUCUGAAAGAGCAUGAAAGAAUACACACAGGAGAGAAGCCUUACCAAUGCUCUCAGUGUGGAAAGGGUUUUAGAUACUCAGGGCAUUUAAAAGUGCAUGAAAGAACACACACUGGAGAGAAGCCGUAUCAAUGCUCCCAGUGUCAAAAGGGUUUUUUCUCACCAGGGGACCUGAAAAAACAUGAGAGAACACAUUUAGUAGAGAGGCCUUUCCAAUGCUCUCAGUGUGGAAAGAGAUUUAUGCAGUCAUCACAUCUGAAAAAACACAAGAGAAUACACACAGGCGAACAACCAUUCCAAUGCUCUCAUUGUGGAAAAAGUUUUACCCGUUUAGGGAACUUGAAAACGCAUGAGAUGACACACACAGGAGAGAAGCCUUUCCACUGCUCCUUCUGUGGAAAAUGUUUUACCCAUUUAGGGAACCUGAGAAUGCAUGAGAUGACACACACAGGAAAUAAGCCUUUUCACUGUUCCCAGUGUGGAAAGGGUUUUGGACACUCAGGGCAUCUAAAAGUGCACGAAAGAACACACACUGGAGAGAAGCCAUAUCAAUGCUCCCAAUGUGAAAGUAAAUUUUUCUCAUCAGGGGACCUGAAAUCACAUGAGAGAACACACACUGUAGAGAGGCCUUUUCAAUGCUCUCAGUGUGGAAAGAGUUUUACCCGGUUAGGGAAUCUGAAUAUGCAUUUGAGAACACACACAGGUGAGAAGCCAUACCACUGCUCUGACUGUGGAAAGAGAUUUAUCCAGCUAGGGGACCUGAAAUCACAUGAGCGAACACACACAGGAGAUAAGCCUUUCCAAUGCUCUCAGUGUGGAAAAAGUUUUGCCUGGUUAGGGAACUUGAAAAUGCAUGAGAGAAUACACACAGGAGAGAAGCCUUUCCACUGCUCCUUGUGUGGAAAGAGUUUUACCUUUUUAGGGACACUGAAAAAGCAUGAGAUGACACACACAGGAGAGAAGCCUUUCCAAUGCUCCCAAUGUGGAAAGAGUUUUACCCAGUUAGUGAACCUGAAAAGGCAUGAAGCAACACACACAGGAUAGAAUCCUUUCCAGUGUCCUCAGUGUGGAAAGACAUUUUCCCAGUCAGAGGACAUGAAAUCACAUAAGAGAAUAGAGGCUGUGUUCUGACUUAUAGUUUUGACAAACUUUUUUGUGCUUUGGUUUAUGCUACAUUAAAUAAAAUUGUAUGUAAGAAAAAAAAAUAGGCUUACUUUUGUUCUUAGUUAAUUUUUUCUCGAAACAUGUUCACAUCUAAAAUUAGAAUAUAUUUUGCAUGUAUUUGAUUUUGAUUAUGAAUUUUUAUUGACAAAUAUAAACCCUUAGUGUUCAUUAUAUGAUUUGGAUAUUGUUAUUUAAAAAAAUAAAUGUAAUUAAUCAUUAAUGUGCUUUUCUUGAUUCUGACCUUAAACCUCUUGAAUUUAGUCGUUGUGUUUAUCAUUGAGUUCAUUUGUGUAGUAGUUAUCCAGCUCAACGUGUGUGAUAAUUAGAUGACAUUGUUCUGAUAACAUUGAUAAAGUUGUUGACAUUGAUAAAACAUUUACUACCUCAAUGUAGUGGGCCAUCAGUACUGUUCCAUCAGAUACAACACAGGUGCUGAUUUGUAAAAAUGAUUUGAUUAUUUCAACAUUUAUCUGAAUAAAAGUAAAAGGGAUAUUUUUUUUUAA